UUUAACCCAUUCUAAAACCUCAUCCUCCCGUUCCAUCUCUGCCACCCGCGAAAACCCUAGCUUCCAAGCCACUCCUCUGCAGAUGUCGAACCAGAUCUACUAUAGCUCUACAUACACCAGCGGUGGAUUAGGAGGCUACACGCUCCGCGCCGCAGAUCCCUACCUUCCAACUGCGGUGGGUUCCUCUAGAUUCUCGACUGAUGCACUCACCGUUACUGACGCCGGCGAGCGGACUGCUUCUUUGUCUUCUAGCCAGGCCAACGGUUUUAAGCUUCCGAACGUGGAAAUCCGCGGUGUAGGCGGAGCUGGAAGCUUAUCGAUCGGGAAGAUUGGCGGGGGACAGACGUCGGUGACUUGGCUUGGGGUUGAUGGGGCCGGUAAAGCGGGAUCGAAGAGGUCCGCUGAAGCUCUCUACAAUCAGAAUAUUUUGGCAUAUAACUCUAUUGGCCAAAGUGAUGCUUUAUUGUCAAAGUACUCUUUGCACAAACGCCCUAGAGUUGUGGGUGCAAGCCACCUGCCUUUAUAUCCCCAGCGUCCUGGAGAGAAGGAUUGUACUUACUAUAUGAUGACGAGAACCUGUAAAUUUGGAGAUUCUUGCAAGUUUGAUCAUCCAAUUUGGGUUCCUGAAGGGGGAAUUCCAGACUGGAAAGAGGUUCCACUUAUUCCUAUUGUCCAGUACUUCUUGAAGACGACUCAAAAGUGCAAAUAUGGUUUGAAUUGCAAAUUCAACCAUCCCAAUGAGAAAUUAUAUUCUUCAACAGGCAUUGUAGAGAGCAAUGGAUUUUAUGUAGAUUUACCAGAAAGGCCAUCAGAACCUGUUUGUGCGUUUUAUGCAAAGACCGGAAAGUGCAAAUUUGGUGGAAAUUGCAAAUUUCAUCAUCCAAAGGACAUUCUGAUACAAUUAGCUGCAAAUAAUGGACCAACAUCAAACAAUGAUGAUGCUAGCAGUGGUUAUUCAAAGCAAACAAAGUCAUUCGUACCAUUCACGCCUGCUUUAUGGCAUAAUUCUAAGGGCCUACCCAUACGACCGGGUGAAACUGAUUGUCCAUUCUACCUAAAGACUGGAAGCUGCAAAUUUGGCACCACUUGCAGAUAUAGUCACCCCGACAGAUAUGUUGUCACUGCUCCUGUUACAACGCCUAAUAUAGGCCAUGCUUAUAUAACUCCAACAGCUGCCACUUUACCCGUCGGAGUCAUAAAUCCAGCAGCUAGCUUUCUCCCAACUUUGGACGCUCGUUUUGCUCAGUUUGGAGCUGCGACAGCUGUAUAUCCUCAAAGGCCUGGAGAAAUUGAAUGUGAUCACUAUAUGAAGACUGGGCAUUGCAAGUUUGCAGAGAGAUGCAAGUACCAUCACCCUUUAGAUAGAUCAGAACCAACUGCAAGUUUCAACAGGCAGACUCAACAACAAGCUGUCAAGCUUACUCUUGCUGGCCUCCCGAGAAGAGAG